AUGCUUGACGCGCUGCGCAAAGGCGCCGGUACCUGGCUUGCCAAACUGUUUAUCGCACUGUUGAUUUUUAGUUUCGCCAUUUGGGGCGUAACGGAUUUUCUGCAGGGUUUCGGUCAGAACACGGCGGCCAAGGUAGGUGACACGGAAGUUUCGCUCCUUGAAUUCGACCGCACCUACAGGCAGGACCUCAAUCGGCUGUCGCAGCAGUUUCGCCGCCCGCUCACGCGCGAGGAAGGGGCUGCUCUUGGCGUUCCCCAGCAGGCAUUGGGCAGGUUGGUCGCAGAAGCUGCGCUGAACAAUACAGCUCAGGAUCUGCAACUUGGCAUUUCGGACAAGCGGCUGGCCGCUCUCAUUCAGGCCGACCCUGCAUUUCGCGGGCUCAGCGGCACAUAUGACCGCAGCAGACUGGAUCAGGUCCUCCGGGCAAAUGGUUAUCAGGAAGACGAAUAUGUCGUGCAGCGCCGCAAGAUAGCGGAACGAAAUCAGCUCGCUGAAGCUCUCGCCGGCAACAUGAACGCGCCAAUCAGCUAUCUCGAGGCCUUGUCUGCAUAUCAAUCCGAGACCAGAUCCGUAGAUUUUCUUCUUGUAACUCCCGAAUCUGUUGGCGAGAUCGAAGAUCCGUCGCCAGAUAUUCUCAACGCGUAUUUUGAGGAGAACAAGGCUGGCUUCAGGGCACCGGAAUACCGGGAAAUCAAGUUUCUGGCGUUGACCCCGGAAACCCUUGCACGGCCCAAAGACGUUGUCGAAGAAGACGCCCGCGCCGAGUAUGAACAAAGGGCAUCGGACUAUUACCAGCCUGAACGCCGCAAAGUUCUCCAAAUGUCGUUCCCGUCCAAGGAGGCCGCGGAAGAGGCCGCCUCCGAAUUGGCCGGCGGCAAGACAUUCAGUGAGCUGAUGAGCGAGCGCAACCUGACGAACAACGACGUCGCGCUCGGCGUAAUGGCAAGAAACGACUUCCUGGACGAAACCCUCGGGAGUGCCGCAUUCGCACUUGAAGAAGGCGCCUCGAGCGGUGCGGUUGAAGGCCGGUUUUCGACUGUCAUCCUGAACGUUGAGGAAAUUCUGCCGGAAAGCACUCGUCCUUUUGACGAGGUAAAGGACGAAAUCAUCCAGGCGCUCGCCACCGAGCAGGCCGAGCGCGAGAUACUCGACCUGCUGGACGAAAUCGAAGACGCGCGCGCCGGCGGGGCUCUGCUGGAGGAAAUUGGCGAACGCUUUUCAUUGCCGGUCGUGUCGGUUGAAGCAUUCGACCAGAACGGGAAGUCCAGUUCCGGUGGCGAUGUAGACCUGCCUGCUGCCGACGGACUAGUCGCCGGAACUUUUGAAAGCGACAUCGGGAUUGAAAAUGAUGUUCUGCAAUUCGGAGAGCAGGGAUUUCUCUGGUACGAAGUGGACAAGGUCAUUCCUGAACGCGACCAGACGCUCGAUGAAGUCAGGAACGAAGUUGUUUCAACCUGGAAAUCAGACGAGAUGACCAGGCGGCUGAACGAAACGGCGUCCGAUUAUCUGACCAAGCUGAACAACGGAACAUCCUUUGAAAAUCUUGCCGGGGAAACCGGACUGGAAGUGAGAACGGAAGAGAACAUUGCUCGCAAUGCCCCGUCCGGCUAUUUCAGCCAGGAAGCAAUUUCGCAGGUCUUUGGUGGUCCGGUCGGUACAAGUGCGGUGGCAAACUCGUCGGACGGGAACACUCGUCUGGUAUUGAAAGUGUCCGCGGCCAAUGUACCUGCCUUCGAUGCCGCAUCUCCGGCCAUUGGGGCGCUCGACGAGCAGCUGUCUCAGCAGAUGCGUGACUCUCUCAUUGGUCAAUUUAUCACUGACCGCGAAAAUGAAGCUGGCGUCGAGAUCAACCAGGCAGGCGUUGCCCAGGUGAUCGGCUUGACACAAAACUGA